AUGACUACUAACUUCAGUGGAUCACUAACACAAGACUCUGAGGAAGUUACAGAAAUGUAUUGUGAGGAAUGUGACCGACAUGGUGAUGGUUAUGCUACAGCUGUAGCUUUUUGUGUAGAUUGUUUAGAUUAUAUAUGUGUGACCUGUCAGAGAUAUCAUAAGAGACAAUUUAAAACUCACAGAAUCAAAGACAGUUACAGUAUGCCUCAGGAUUUUUAUUUUGAGAAAUGUUCUAUUCAUCCUGGGCAGCUGAUCAAGUUUUACUGCUCUGAGUGUAACAAAGAAGCUUGCCAAGAAUGCAAGGAUAAUGAGCAUGUGAAAUGCAGUGAUGUUAGCCAUUUACCAACCCUUGCUUCAGACAUACAAAAAAGUGACAAACUAAUAAAUCUAAGAAAAAACAUGGAUCAAUUGUCAAUGAAUAUAAAAGACACAGAAAAGAUGUUGGAUGCCAAAAGUGAAGUGAUUAAGAAAUAA